AGCUCCUCCAACUCUCCCACUUCAUCUCCUCCCCACGCAAAACAACAGCACAAUGACCAUCCCUCAGGUUAAGCUCGCCGGCAAGGACGUCGGCCACAUUGGCCUCGGCCUCAUGCAGCUCACCUGGACGCCUGUCCCCCCUCCCGAGGAGCAGUCGUUCGCUGCCAUCAAGGCUGCCGCCGACGCUGGCGCGACCGCGUGGUCGAGCGCGACAUUCUACGGCCCGCAGGACGACCAGAUGGCCAACGUGGCCCUCAUCGGGCGCUUCUUCAAAAAGUACCCCGAGUACCGCUCCAAGAUCACGCUCGUGCUCAAGGGCGGCGUCGGCGCGGGGCUCAAGCCGGACGGAAGCAAGGACUUUAACCGCGAGUGCCUCAAGAAGGCCAAGGAGCUGCUCGGCGACUACGAGAUCGACGUGUACCUGCCCGCGCGGCUCCAGCCCGGCGUCGACCCGAUCGAGUACUUCCGCCCGUUUGACGAGCUGCGCCAGGAGGGCCUGUUCCGCGCGCUCGGCGCGUCCGAGUGCUCGGCCGCCACCCUGCGCCGCCUGCACAGCGCGUACAAUCUCGCGAUCGCCGAGAACGAGAUCUCGCUCUGGUCGUGGGAGAAGGAGAUCCAGGACGUCGUCGCGUUUUCGACCGAGACCGGCGUGCCCGUGUUCGCCUACUCGCCCCUCGGCCGCGGCUUCAUCACGCGCACGUGGAAGACGCCAGAGGACAUCCCCGAGGGCUCGUUCCAGCGCCACUCGCCCCGCUUCCAGGGCGACAACUUCUACCACAACCUCAAGCUGGUCGACGUGCUCGACGAGAUCGCCGCCAAGAAGGGCAUCACGACCGCCCAGCUCGCUAUCGCCUGGGUCGCGUCCCGCGGACCCAACGUCAUCCCCAUCCCUGGCUCGUCCAACGCCAGCCGUGCGGCCGCCAACACCGAGUCGGGCAACAUCAAGCUCACGGCCGAGGACGCCAAGGAGAUUGACGCCAUCCUCGCCAAGUUUGAGCUCAAGGGCGGCCGCUACGCCGACUCGGAGCACCUAAUGCUCUAAGCUCGAUAGGAUGGGAACCCAUUAGACUGCCGUUAGAAUCUAGUUGAUCAUGCACGCGACGUUUGUUGUUA